CAGACCGGUCGCCAAAAGCUUGUGCUCGUCCCACCUUCGCGACAGCUAAUCGGCAAUGGCGUCGCCUUCACCUUCGUUCCUCCUCCAGCUGGUCCGGUACGUGUCGUCCCUCCCGAGCCAGGUCAUGGGGGCGACGGCGAGGGCGCUCCCUGCAGCCUCGAGGGAAGGCGCCGGCGGGGCGAUCCGUCCGUCAUUCGCCGCCCCCGCGCCGCAGCGGCCAGGCGCCCCGGCAGAGGGCGCCGGCGGCCAGGGUGGGAUCAUCCAUGAGGCUUCUCCCGUCCCGCUAGAGCUGAUGAGUGCGGCGGCAAGAGCGGCGCCUCCGAUGCAAGGCGCUGGCGGCAACAGGACCCAUGCACCCACGGCCGGACUUAUGGGGCCACAGCGGCCCGGGGCGCCCAAAGAAGGCGCCGGCGGCCGCGGCGGGAUCAUCCAUGCGGCUUCCUCUUGAUCAGCACACCUGAGGUCAGGUGCAUGCACUUUCGGGAUGACACGACGGAUGAAGAGGAACAAGAAAAUCGAGAUUAGUUUAAAAAAUAAAGGUUCAUUAAUUUACUGAUUCGGGUACGCACAGUUCGAGAUGUAACACAUGUCCAGUGUGCGUACGCGCUUCAGGUUCAGAUAAAUUGCCUGAAUUUCGCCGGGAGUCGUAGAAUCUACAAAUCGACGUCACUUCACUAGAUCACCCGUCGUGCCAAAUGGCCCAUGAGACAUAAAUUGGCGUUGAAGCCUAUGCCAAAUAAUGUGGUGUUACUCGGUUUUUUAUGUAAGAGGCAAGAGUU